AUCACUCAGCCAGACAGAUAUAGCCGCCCGCGGCAGCACCGGCAUCCCAGACAGAAGCUGCAGACGCCACGGCUUCAGUCACCUUCACGCUGCUUCUGGAGAUCAGCACUGGCGGAAAAAAGCAUGGAGAUUACGCUUGACGAUGAAAACAACAACUCUUCCCCAAACUUUGAGUUCAAAGGGGCUCACCAGGCGUUCAGGGACCGCUGGAAGGAGACAGAUGACACCAUGUGUCGCCACAGCAUGUCCUUCCAUCUGCACCACAAGCUGCAGAGCGACUUCUUCGCCAGCUACCUGUACCUGCUGGAGAAGAUCCCUCUGGUGAAGCUGUUCCCUGUCACCUGCGAGUUCAUCAAGGGGGAGAAGCAGUUCUACUACCGGGCCCAGAAGUUCUACGAGGACGUUUCUGCCUCUGAGGAGGGCAUGAUGGGAGAUUUUGUGGAGAUCUCCAACGUUGAUCUGGAAAGUUCCCGUCAGUUUCUGAAGAGGUUUGUGGGACCCGGUAAAGCCGGCACGUACUGCGCUUUGGAUUGUGGGUCUGGGAUCGGACGCGUCUCCAAAGGCGUCCUCCUCCCUGUGUUUGAGAAGGUGGAGAUGGCGGACAUGAUGGAGCACUUCCUCCUCCACGCACACGAGGAGUAUCUGGGCGACGACGCCGACCGCAUCGAGACCUACUACUGCUACAACCUGCAGGAGUUCACGCCUCCAAAGAGCAAGUACGACGUCAUCUGGAUGCAGUGGGUGGCAUGCCACCUAACAGACAAAGACCUGCUGAACUUCCUGAUUCGCUGCAAGAAGAGCCUGCGUCCCAACGGCGUCAUCGUCAUAAAGGACAACAUGGCCCGGCAGGGCUGCAAGCUGGACCCCAUCGACAGCAGCAUCAGCCGCCACCUGGACAUCAUGAAGGUCAUCAUAUCCAAGGCCGGCCUGGAGAUCCUGGCCGUGGAGAAGCAGGAAGGCUUCCCUGAGAUCAUCAUGCCGGUCUGGAUGAUCGCCAUGAAGUAGAGCUGCAGUUCAGCUCCUUCUGGAAACUGUUUUUGGGUCAACACCAAACACCUUGGCCUGAGUUUUAAAUUACAGCAUGCAUGGUUCUGGAUGUAGCGUCCUGCUAACGAGAUGGCGUGAGGCGUUAGCCUGCAGGUUUGCUCUUAAUUUGCCUCCUGGUUGUUGGGUGGAGAAAAAAAACUACUACUGUUGGCCAAAGAAAGUAAAACAACCAGAUCUCAGGAGUCUAAAUGUCAGACCUGCAGUCUUUUUAUUGCUAAAUUUUCCCUCUAGUCGAUCUCACGGCUAGGCUCCAACGGUAGCUGCUCCCAAAGAUAAACCUGCAUCUUCUCCUCUGAAAACACAGAAACAAAAUCUUAAAAGUAGUUUAUUUGCUUUUAGAAAUCAGAAUAUCCAACUUUAAAAGUCUUAUUUCCCACAACAAGCCAUGCUAAGUGUCCAAAAUGGCCGCCGCUAGCAUGAAACAGUGAAAGUUCCCAAACUGAGCCGAUUAUUGGACCUUCUGAUGGAUUUUUGUGUCAGUAAACCAGUCACACACACAGUGUUGUUGAAGCUCUGUGGUGUUUGAAUGUUUGCAGAUUGUAUAUUGUUAUUGGUUUGGAUUGCUAACAGUAGUUAGCAUUUAGCAUUUAGCUGGUUUUCAGACCUGCGAAUGAAGCGUGUUUAACUUGGGAGUGAAGUCCUUUUGUUAAAAGGCAGAAAGCUCUUUUCUAAGCACCAUAAAACAAAACCAUCCAAGUUAAGUUAUCAUCGGAUCAUUGGACCCGUCAGGUGAUUUGUUUUUUUUUAAAGAAUAAUCCAAAAAUUGCUCAAACCGGGGAGAUUAAAUCCUGAUGUUUUCCGUCUCUCACUCAAACUUUCCAUCACUCAGGAAGAUGACGUCAAAAUACUGGAAUUUCGCCUCUUCAGACAGAAACGAACUCCUGACCCAGAAGAACCCUCCACCUCUUCCUGGUUUGAGUCCCGGUUCACAGCGACGGUCAUGGCUUGAAGGCACCAAUAGAAUCACAUCAACUUAAAAACGCAAAGACGAGACUCAGCCUUCCAGCUACAUCCUGGGAUCUCGUCCACGAAGACCUCCAACAGGAUCAGAGACAAGAGGAGGAGGCUGUAAAAGUCUGAGUUAGUCAGAAGAAAGUUAAUGAAACGUGGAUUCUUGGUGAAAUUAGAUGAUAUAUCCAGAUCCAUGUUCCACGUUGAUACCACGAGUCUUAAACCUUCAGGGUUACAUCGAUGCGUUGGCACAAAGGUCACAACCUCAGGCUGAUCCGUCCGUCUUUAUCUUCUUCAACGUUAUUUACUGGAGAUGCACAGAUUUAAAGCUUCCCAUUUUUACUGAUAUGAUAAAUAAUAUCAAGAAUCCUUAUUGUCAUUAUGUGCUGCCAUAAUGAAACACACACAGACACAAGACAUGACGCUUUCACACUUUUAUUUAUUUCCAUUAAAUCAGUUCAUUGCACAGACUAACAACCUUCCUGAGAAGCUUAAAUCGUGAAAAUAGUCCUUAGGAUCCAAUCAGACUCAUGUCCGAGUCAAAAAGUCAGAUAGCCAUUCUUCCUUUUACAAACGACGUGGAGAACCGGACUGUAGCGUGAACUAAUCCCCCAAACACUCCAUCGUUUAUACACUCAUACCCGCAGGAAAUACUGUGUGAUAAGUUUAAACCUUCAAGUUACAGAAUAAUAUGCAUAUAUAGUAUUUAUAUGUUCCUACCCUUUGCAUUAAACAUGACCACACUGCUGCAGCUAAACGACCCACAAUGCAGCGCUGCAUCUCUGUCACCUGACCAAAGCCCCACCUGAAAUAAGAUGUUGUCCUAUUUAUCAGUUAUUAUUUAUCUUACUAUCAGUUUUAUCUUAAAAAUGCUUAACCAGGUGCCCUGACACACCAUUUCUGACUUUUCUUUGCCAUUGUUGCGUUUUUGCUUGGAUGUGAUUUCAGUUUAUUUUUUCUCACACUGGACCUUUAAUGUGAUCUCUGCAGUGAAACACUGCAACAGAUGUAAAUAUUUUUGUUUGAAUGUAAGUAUUUGUUUUAUAUUUUUAUGGAUGAUGUUGCUCAUUAGGUUAUGGUCUGUUCAGGUUAUGUUGAAAACAUAAUUAAACUACACUUUACUGAGCAGAAA